AUGACUCAAACCCUCAACAUCGCCGUCGUAGGCCUCGGACGCAUGGGCAAGCGACACGUCCAUACCCUUCUCUACCGCGUCCCCCGUGCUCGCAUAGUCGCAGUAUGCAGCUCCCUCGAGCACGAAGUCACCUGGGCAAAAGAGAACCAAGACUACAAGGACUUUGACAUCGCUGUCUACAGCAGUUAUGAUGAGAUGCUUAACCAUCUUGGUCUUCAAGCAGUAUGGGUCUCUACCAGCACGGACGUUCACUCGAGUCAAUCGUUGGCGGCUAUUAAUAAGGGACUUCAUGUUCUUUGCGAGAAGCCUCUCAGCACUGAUAUAACCGAGGCUCAAACUGUGGUUGACGCCGCUGCAAAGAACCCUCGUCUCAAAAUCAUGGCCGGUUUCUCCCGUCGCUUCGACACUUCCUACCGCGACGCAGCCACCAAGAUCCACGAAGACAAAGCCGUCGGCGAACCAUUCAUGGUCCGCUCUAACACUUGCGAUCUUCUUGAUGACACGGGAUUUUUCGUGCGCUAUGCCUCUCGUAACGGUGGUAUCUUCGUCGACUGCGCCAUUCAUGAUAUCGACUUGUCUCUCUGGUACCUCGGGAACCCCAUCCCCAAGGCAUGUUGGGCAGCCGGCACUCUGCAACACCAUCCCGAGCUCAAGGAGCUGGAUGAUGUGGAUAAUGCCGUCGGAGUAGUUGAAUUCUGGGGUGGUAAGAUCGCUCACUUUUACUGUUCUAGAACUCAAGCUCAUGGUCACGAUGUGUGCACUGAGAUUACUGGCAAAACGGGCAAGAUCUCAGUCAAUGUUGUUCCGAGGGCAAAUAAUGUUGUUGUGGCGGAUAAGUUGGGUAUUCGACAUGAAGUUCAACCCGAGUAUUGGCAGCGUUUUGAAGAUGCGUUCGCGUUGGAAGCGAAUGAGUUUACUGAAGCUGUUCUGAAGGAUGAACCUGUUCCUUUGCCGAUUGAGGGUGGAAUGCAGGUGAUGAAUAUUGGGCGGGCACUUCAGCAUGCGCUGUUGAGUGGGGAGUUGGUCAAAUUUGAUAAAGAUGGAAAGUGGGAGUAA